AUGGGUCGAGGGAGAAGGAGGCCAAAGAAAAACAAGGCGCUGUCACCGUCGAUUCUGACCACCCUCUUGCAACAAAGUUUUAGGAAGGAAGAAUCAGAACGAGGAUCAAUUGCGGGUACCGAAUCCAACUCAAUGAAGAGUUGUGAUGUGAGAAAGGAAACCCCAGUUGUGGUUAUUAGAGAAUCUGAAUCGAAAGAAAACAUUGAGGAACCCAACCCUAAGCUUUGGGUUGAUAUCAUAAGUGGUAACAGAAGUCCAUCAAAUGGAGCCCCAAUCGAAUUUAUUGCUCCAAACAUUGUGGAAGGUGAAAUUGAAGUUGAUAUUGAGGAAGCAGAUAUUGAAUCUGAGGUAAAAUUCUGGGACUUAUCUCUUAUAAUGUAUGUUAUAGGGAAAGAUCUUAGUAUGAAUGCGAUCAAACGGUAUAUGAUUAAGUUUUGGAACUUUGUGAAGGUUAUUUUAUCCUGA